CUCUCUCUCACACCACCGUGAGAGCCACAGGACACAUGCUGUCCUCCAGCACACCCACACACAGACACUGAGGAGUCCGAGGGGAAAGAGAGAGAGACAGAGAGAGAGACAGAGAGAGAGAGGUGUAGCGAGGAGUGAGGUAACAAGGAGUGAAAGGUUGCAAGGGGAGGGAGGAGAAAAAAAAUAGAAAGAGAGAGAAAACAGGAGGAUUUUCUGGUUUCUUCCGAGGAGCUGCAAAUAACCAUCGGAGAAGGAUGGCAGAAGGAGGAGACGGAGAGGAGGAGAUCCAGUUCCUGCGCACGGAUGACCAGAUAGUGCUGCAGUGCACUGCGACUGUUCUGAAGGAGCAGAUCAAACUAUGCCUUUCCUGCGAGGGCUUUGGGAAUCGUCUCUGCUUCCUGGAAACCACUUCCAACGCCCAGAAUGUGCCCCCAGACCUGGCCAUCUGUGCCUUCAUCCUGGAGCAGUCUCUGUCAGUGCGUGCCCUGCAGGAAAUGCUGGCCAACACCGUGGAGAUGAACGAGUCGUCCCAGGGUGGGGGCCACCGAACCCUGCUGUAUGGCCACGCCAUCCUCCUCAGACACUACCACUCCAGCAUGUAUCUGAGCUGUCUGACCACAUCACGCUCACUCACUGACAAGCUGGCCUUCGACGUGGGCUUACAGGAAGACUCCAUAGGUGAGGCGUGCUGGUGGACAAUCCACCCAGCGUCUAAGCAGAGGUCGGAGGGUGAGAAGGUCAGGGUAGGAGAUGACCUGAUCCUGGUCAGUGUUUCAUCUGAAAGAUACCUGCACCUGUCGUACGCCAGUGGAGAUCUGAUGGUGGACGCCUCCUUCAUGCAGACUCUGUGGAACAUGAACCCAGUGUGCUCUGGGUGCGAGCUGGCCGAGGGGUUUCUGACCGGAGGUCAUGUUCUCAGGCUGUUCCAUGGACACAUGGACGAGUGCCUCGCCAUCUCCACGCCGGAGGAAGGAGAAGAGAACCGCAGGAUGGCCCACUAUGAAGGUGGUGCAGUGUGCAGCCAGGCCCGAUCCCUCUGGAGGCUGGAGCCACUGAGAAUCAGCUGGAGCGGCAGCCACAUGAAGUGGGGCCAGUCGUUCCGAGUGCGCCACAUCACCACGGGCCGGUACCUGUGUCUGGACGAGGAGAAGGGCCUCAUGGUGGUGGACCCCGAGAAGGCCAACACCAAACUCUCCGCCUUCUGUUUCCGAGUGACAAAGGAGAAGGUGGAGGGGGCUAAGAAGCGUGAUGUGGAGGGGAUGGGCAUCCCUGAGAUCAAGUACGGGGAGUCCAUGUGCUUCGUCCAGCACGUCUCCACGGGGCUUUGGCUCACCUACGCCUCCCUGGAUGCCAAGGCGGCCCGGCUGGGCUUCAUGAAGAGGAGGGGUAUACUGCACCAGGAGGGCCACAUGGACGACGCCCUGUCCCUGACCCGCUGCCAGAUCGAGGAGUCCCAGGCAGCUCGUAUGAUCUACAGCACUCUGGGCCUCUUCACCCAGUUCAUCAAGGGUCUGGACUCUCUGAGUGGGAAGAACAAAGCCCCCGGGCCCCCCUCCUUGCCCCUGGACUCGGUGGUCCUCUCCCUGCAGGACCUCAUCUUCUACUUCCGCCCUCCGGAGGAGGAGCUGGAGCACGAGGAGAAGCAGACCAAGCUGCGCUCCCUCCGCAACCGCCAGAACCUCUUCCAAGAGGAGGGGAUGAUCUCCAUCGUGCUGGAGUGUAUCGACCGUCUGAACGUGUACAACACCGCCGCCCACUUCUCUGAGUUUGCUGGGGAGGAGGCUGCAGAGUCGUGGAAGGAGAUCGUCAACCUUCUCUAUGAGCUGCUGGCCUCUCUCAUCAGAGGCAACCGCUCGAACUGUGCGUUGUUCUGUGACAACCUGGACUGGCUGGUCAGCAAACUGGACCGACUGGAGGCGUCCUCUGGCAUCCUGGAGGUUCUGUACUGCGUUCUGAUUGAGAGUCCAGAGGUUCUGAACAUCAUCCAGGAGAACCACAUCAAAUCCAUCAUCUCCCUCCUGGACAAACACGGACGCAACCAUAAGGUGUUGGACGUCUUGCGCUCUCUCUGUGUGUGUAACGGCGUUGCUGUGAGGUCCAAUCAGAACCUCAUCACAGAGAACCUACUUCCUGGCAGAGACCUCCUGCUACAGACUAACAUCGUCAACUAUGUAACCAGCGUGAGACCCAACAUCUUUCUGGGCACGUGCGAGGGCUCCACACAGUACAAGAAGUGGUACUUUGAGAUGAUGGUGGACCACGUGGAGCCCUUCGUGACCGCCCAGGCCACUCACCUCCGCGUGGGCUGGGCCCUGACCGAGGGCUACAGCCCCUACCCUGGAGGUGGGGAGGGCUGGGGAGGCAACGGUGUUGGAGACGACCUCUACUCCUACGGCUUCGACGGACAGAACCUGUGGUCGGGACACGUCCCCCGCCAGGUGGCCUCGCCCAAUCAGCACGCCCUGGCCGCUGAUGACGUCGUCAGCUGCUGCCUGGAUCUGAGCGUGCCCAGUAUCUCCUUCCGUAUCAACGGACACCCGGUGCAGGGCAUGUUUGAGAACUUCAACGUGGACGGCCUCUUCUUCCCUGUCAUCAGCUUUUCGGCCGGAGUCAAAGCUCGCUUCCUGUUGGGCGGUCGUCAUGGAGACUUCAAGUUCCUGCCCCCCCCGGGCUACGCCCCGUGCUACGAGGCCCUGCUGCCCAAAGACAGGAUGCGCAUCGAGCCCAUCAAGGAGUACAAGCACGACUUUGACGGCAUUCGCAACCUGCUGGGUCCAACCCAGUCUCUCACACACACCUCCUUCACUCCCUGCCCCGUGGACACCAUCCAGAUCGUUCUGCCUCCACACCUGGAGAGGAUCCGUGAGAAGCUGGCGGAGAACAUCCACGAGCUGUGGGCCGUCACCCGCAUCGAGCAGGGCUGGACCUACGGCGUAUUCAGAGAUGACAACAAGAAGCUCCACCCCUGCCUGGUGGACUUCAUGAGCCUUCCAGAACCUGAGAGGAACUACAACCUGCAGAUGUCUGCGGAGACACUGAAGACUCUGCUAGCCCUUGGGUGCCAUGUGGGGAUGGGAGAUGAGAAGGCAGAGGAGAACCUGAAGAAGAUCAAGCUGCCCAAGACCUAUGUGAUGACCAACGGGUUCAAGCCCGCCCCGUUAGACCUGAACCACGUCAAACUGACGCCCAACCAGAACCAGCUGGUAGAGAAGCUGGCAGAAAACGGGCACAAUGUGUGGGCAAGGGACCGGGUGCGACAGGGGUGGACCUACAGCAUUGUUCAGGACAUCAUGAAUAAGCGGAACCCUCGUCUGGUGCCUUACGUCCUGCUGGACGAGAAAACCAAGAAGACCAAUCGAGACAGCGUCAACAACGCUGUGCGCACUCUGAUUGGCUACGGGUACAACAUCGAGCCUCCAGACCAGGAGAUCAGCGGCCACGGAGACGACAACACCAGGGGGGACAAGGUGCGCAUCUUCAGGGCGGAGAAGUCGUACGCCGUGACCCAGGGGAAGUGGUACUUUGAGUUUGAGGCGGUGACCACGGGGGAGAUGAGGGUGGGCUGGGCCAGGCCCAACGUCCGGGCUGACACGGAGCUGGGAGCGGAUGAGCUCGCCUACGUCUUCAACGGCAACAAGGCUCAGCGCUGGCAUGUGGGCAACGAGCCGUUUGGCCGUCAGUGGUUGUCGGGCGACGUGGUUGGCUGCAUGAUCGACCUGACUGAGCAGAACAUCAUGUUCACCCUGAACGGGGAGAUGUUGAUCAGUGACUCGGGCUCAGACAUGGCCUUCAAGGACAUCGAGAUCGAAGAGGGCUUCAUCCCUGUGUGUACGCUGGGCCUGUCCCAGGUGGGCAGGAUCAACCUGGGACAGAACGUUAGCAGCCUGCGCUACUUUGCCAUCUGUGGACUGCAGGAGGGCUUUGAACCCUUCGCCAUCAACAUGAAGAGGGACAUCACCAUGUGGUUCAGCAAGAGCCUGCCCCAGUUCAUCCCUGUGCCCACAGACCACCACCACAUUGAGGUGUCCCGUGUGGACGGCACAGUGGACAGCGCCCCCUGUCUGAAGCUCACCCACAAGACCUACGGCUCCCAGAACGCCAACACCGACAUGCUGUUCCUCCGACUGAGCAUGCCCGUAGAGUUCCACGAAACGUUCAAAAUCACGGCGGGCGCCACGCCCCUUACCCGCGCCCUCACCAUCCCCGAGGACGAGGUGCUGGAGGUGGAGCCCGACUCGGAGUUCGAGGUUCUGAAAAAGUCCGCCAGCCGGAAGGAGCAGGAGGAGAAGGAGCCUUCUGUGGCCAAGGAGGUGGCGGGAAGCUCCGAGACCGAGAAGGACAACGUCUCGGAGAAGGGGAAGAAGAAAGGGUUGUUCUCCAGGGCUAAGAAGGCAGCCAUGUCCACACAGACCCCCGCCCCCCCGGCCGUGCCUCGCCUGGUGGAGGACGUGGUCCCUGACGUCUGGGAUGACCCCGAAAUCAUCCUCAACACCACCACGUAUUUCUACUCGGUGAGGAUCUUUGCUGGCCAGGAGCCUAGUGGUGUGUGGGUGGGUUGGGUGACACCCGACUAUCACCAGUACGACCCGGGCUUUGACCUCUCCAAAGUGCGUAAUGUCACCGUUACCGUGGGCGACGACCAGGGCAACAUCCACGACAGCAUGAAGCAUAGUAACUGCUACAUGGUUUGGGGCGGAGAUAUUGGCAACAGCUCCCAGCAGGCACGCUUUAAUCAGGAGGACCUCGUGGUUGGCUGUCUGGUCGACCUGGCAACCGGUCUCAUGACAUUCACAGCCAAUGGGAAGGAGAUCAAUGCUUUUUACCAGGUGGAGCCCAACACCAAGCUGUUCCCCGCCGUGUUCCUCCAGCCCACCAGUCAGAACCUGAUGCAGCUGGAGCUGGGGAAGCUCAAGAACAUCAUGCCCAUCUCGGCGGCCAUGUUCCGCAGCGAGCGUAAGAACCCGGUUCCCCAGUGCCCGCCCCGCCUGGACGUCCAGAUGCUGACCCCAGUGAUCUGGAGCCGCAUGCCCAACCACUUCCUGAACCCGGAGGUGGGCAGGGUGAGCGAGAGGCUGGGCUGGAUGGUGGAGUGCAUCGAGCCCCUCAUCAUGAUGGCUCUGCACAUCCCUGAGGAGAACAGGUGUAUAGACAUCCUGGAGCUGUCGGAGCAGAAGGACCUGAUGAAGUUCCACUUCCACACCCUCAUGCUGUACUGUGCCGUGUGCGCGCUGGGUAACAACCGCGUGGCCCACGCCCUCUGCAGCCACGUGGACGAAUCCCAGCUCUUCUACGCCAUCGAGAACACCUACCUGCCCGGGCCCCUCCGCGGGGGCUAUUACGACCUGCUCAUCAGCAUCCACCUGGAGUCUGCCAAGCGGGCGCGCCUGGGCACCAACAGGGAGUUCAUAGUGCCCAUGACAACGGAGACCCUCAGCAUCACCCUGUACCCCGACGCUGAGAAGGCCCAUGCCCUUCCCGGGGUGGGGCUCACCACCUGCCUACGGCCCAAACUUCACUUCUCCCCCAUCAACUUUGUAGGCACGGACCUUGAUCUCUACACUCUUAGUCCCAUCUUCCCCCUACAGGAGCUGAAAACCCAAGCCAUCAGCAUGUUGACCGAGGCUGUGCUGGAUGGCAGUCAGGCCAUGCGGGAUCCAGUAGGGGGCAGCGUGGAGUUCCACUUUGUCCCCAUUCUGAAGCUCAUCAGCACCCUGCUGAUCAUGGGUAUCUUCAACGACGAAGACACCAUGCAUAUCCUGAAAAUGAUAGACCCCAACGUGUUUGGAGCCAAGAAAGAGGAGGGUGAGGGAGAGGGGGAAGAAGCCACGUCUAAAGAGGGGGGGGAGGAGGUGAAGGAGGAGGAGGAGGGAGAAGAAGAGGAGGAGGAGGUUGAUCUUGAGGAUGAAGGAAUGGGAGAGGAGGAGGAAGAGGAGGAGCUGAAAGACCUGGAGAAAGAGGAGGGUGACGUGGAGUCUGAACCUGAGGUAGGGGGAGAGGUAGAAGCCAAAGUGGACGGAGAGAAGGCAGAGGAAGAGAAGGAAGGCGAGGCAGUUGAGGCAGAAGUGAAAGAAGAGGAGGAAGGCCUGGAAGAGGGAUUACUGCAGAUGACGAUGCCAGAGUCUGUCAAACUACAGAUGUGUACUCUGCUACAGUACUUCUGUGACUGCGAGCUGAGACACAGAGUGGAGGCGAUCGUUGCCUACUCCGACCAGUUUGUGUUCGCCAUCCAGAGCAACCAGCGCGUACGCUACAACGACCUCAUGAGAGCGUUCACCAUGAGCGCCGCCGAGACUGCGCGCAAGACGCGCGAGUUCCGCUCCCCGCCACAGGAGCAGGUCGUCUUGCUGACCAACUUCAAGAACGGGCCUGAUGAGGAGGACUGUCCCGUCCCCGAGGAAGUCCGUGACACUCUGAUAGAGUUCCACCAUGACAUCUUGCUCCACUGUGGUGUGAACAUAGAGCAAGAGGAGGAGGAGGAAGAGGUGGACACCUCCCUCAGGGGCCGGCUCGUCAGCCUGGUGGAUAAGGUCAAGAACCUCCGCCAGAAGAAGGAAGUGGAGGAGCCCGAGGAAGAGGAGGAGGUCAAACCUAGGACCCUCCAGGAGCUCAUCUCCCACACCAUGAUCCACUGGGCCCAGGAAGCCUUCAUCCAGAACCCGGAGCUGGUGCGGAUGAUGUUCAGCCUUCUCCACCGGCAGUACGACGGGCUGGGGGAGCUGAUCCGAGCCCUGCCCAAGGCCUACAUCAUCAACGCCGUGUCGGUCCAGGACACCAUGGACCUGCUGGAGUGUCUGGGACAGAUCCGCUCCCUGCUCAUCGUCCAGAUGGGCCCUGAGGAAGAGAGGCUGAUGAUCCAGAGCAUCGGGAACAUCAUGAAUAACAAGGUGUUCUACCAGCACCCUAACCUGAUGCGAGCACUGGGCAUGCACGAGACUGUCAUGGAGGUGAUGGUCAAUGUGCUGGGUGGAGGUGGAGACUCCAAGGAGAUCAGGUUCCCCCAGAUGGUGACCAACUGCUGUCGUUUCCUCUGCUACUUCUGCCGUAUCAGCCGUCAGAACCAGCGCUCCAUGUUCGACCAUCUCAGCUACUUGCUUCAGAACAGCGGCAUCGGCCUGGGCAUGCGUGGCUCCACCCCUCUGGAUGUUGCCGCCGCCUCGUGCAUCGAUAACAACGAGCUGGCUCUGGCCCUGCAGGAACAGGAUCUGGAGAAGGUGGUGACGUACCUGGCAGGCUGUGGGCUCCGGAGCUGCCCCAUGCUGCUGUCCAAGGGGUACCCUGACAUCGGCUGGAACCCCUGUGGAGGAGAGAGAUACCUGGAUUUCCUGCGUUUCGCUGUCUUCGUCAACGGAGAGAGCGUGGAGGAGAACGCCAACGUGGUGGUGCGCCUGCUCAUCCGACGGCCCGAGUGCUUCGGCCCCGCCCUGCGAGGGGAGGGGGGCGCUGGCCUGCUGGCCGCCAUCGAGGAGGCCAUCAAGAUCUCCGAGGACCCGGCCAGGGACGGGCCCACGGUGAAGAAGGACAGGCGCUUCCCCAUGUUCGGUGGCGAGGAGCAGCCUGAGGAGAAUCGUAUCCAUCUGGGCAACGCCAUCAUGUCCUUCUAUUCCGCCCUCAUCGAUCUGCUGGGCAGAUGCGCCCCUGAAAUGCAUUUGAUCCAAGCGGGUAAGGGGGAAGCUCUGAGGAUCAGGGCCAUCCUGAGGUCUCUGGUGCCCAUAGAGGACCUGGUGGGAGUCAUCAGUCUGGCUGUCCAGAUCCCUGCCUUUGGCAAAGAUGGACACACCAUUGAGCCUAAGAUGUCAGCCAGCUUCUGUCCGGACCACAAGGCUUCCAUGGUGCUGUUCCUGGACAGAGUGUACGGUAUCGAUAACCAGGACUUCCUGCUCCACGUGCUGGAGGUGGGCUUCCUGCCUGACAUGAGGGCUGCAGCAUCCCUGGACACGUUGGCGUUCAGCACCACUGAGAUGGCUCUGGCUCUGAACCGCUACCUGUGCUCCGCCGUGCUGCCUCUGCUCACCAAGUGCGCGCCUCUGUUCGCCGGCACGGACCACCGCGCCAUCAUGAUCGACUCCAUGCUGCACACCAUCUACCGGCUGUCCCGCGGCCGCGCCCUCACCAAAGCCCAGAGGGAUGUCAUCGAGGAGUGCCUCAUGUCCCUCUGCAGGUACCUCUUACCCUCCAUGCUCCAGCACCUGCUCAGGAGGCUGGUGUUCGACGUGCCCAUCCUCAACGAGUACGCUAAGAUGCCCCUCAAGCUGUUGACCAAUCACUACGAGCGUUGUUGGAAGUACUACUGCCUCCCCAAUGGCUGGGCCAACUUCGGGGUGACUUCAGAGGAGGAGCUUCACCUCUCGCGCAAACUCUUCUGGGGCAUCUUCGAGUCUCUGGCGCACAAGAAAUUCGAUGCAGAGCUGUUCAAGAUCGCCAUGCCCUGCAUCUGUGCCAUCGCAGGGGCUAUUCCACCUGACUAUGUGGACGCCAGCUUCUGUUCCAACACUGAGAAAAAAGCCUCAGUGGAUUCUGAAGGCAAUUUUGAUCCCAAACCUGUGGAGACCACCAACACCAUCAUCCCAGAGAGACUGGACCCCUUCAUCAACAAAUUUGCAGAGCACACUCAUGACAAGUGGGCUUUUGAAAAGAUUCAGAGCAACUGGACCUACGGAGAAGUGCUGGAUGAAAAUGCCAAGACACACCCCAUGCUCCGCCCCUACAAGACCUUCUCUGAAAAGGACAAGGAGAUCUACCGCUGGCCCAUCAAGGAGUCCAUCAAGGCCAUGCUGGCUUGGGAGUGGACCCUGGAGAAGGCCAGGGAUGGAGAGGUAGAGGUGGUGAAGCCUACCACCUCGUCCCGCAAGAUCUCCCAGACAGCUCAGGCUACAUACGACCCCAGCCAUGGCUACAGCCCUCAGCCGGUGGACAUCUCUGCUAUGGCUCUCUCUAGGGAACUGCAGUCCAUGGCUGAACAGCUGGCUGAAAACUACCACAACACCUGGGGCCGAAAGAAGAAGGUGGAACUCCAGGAUAAAGGGGGCGGCACGCACCCCUUGCUGGUGCCUUACGACACCUUGACGGCCAAGGAGAAGGCCAGGGACAGAGAGAAGGCCCAGGACCUGCUCAAGUUCCUGCAGAUGAAUGGCUUUGCUGUCACCAGGGGCCUGAAGGACAUGGAGCAAGACAUCUCCUCCAUCGAGAAGCGUUUUGCCUACGGCUUCCUCCAGAAGCUCCUCAAGUGGAUGGACAUCGCCCAGGAGUUCAUUGCCCAUCUCGAGGCUGUGGUUAGCAGUGGCAGGGUGGAAAAGUCGCCACAUGAACAGGAGAUCAAGUUCUUUGCCAAAAUUCUGUUGCCGCUAGUGAACCAGUACUUCAAGAACCACUGCCUGUAUUUCCUGUCCACACCUGCCAAGAUCCUGGGCAGUGGAGGCAUCUCGUCCAACAAGGAGAAAGAAAUGAUAGCAAGUAUCUUCUGUAAGUUGGCAGCUCUGGUGAGACACAGAGUUUCUCUCUUUGGAACGGACGCUAAUGCAGUGGUCAACUGUCUGCACAUCCUGUCACGGUCACUGGAUGCCAGGACGGUGAUGAAAUCAGGCCCUGAGAUUGUGAAGGCAGGGCUGCGUCAGUUCUUUGAGAGCGCUGCCGACGAUAUUGAGAAGAUGGUGGAGAACCUCAAACUAGGCAAGGUGUCCAGUCGGAACCAGGUGAAGGGCGUGUCCCAGAACAUCAACUACACCACCAUUGCGUUGCUUCCGGUGCUCACCUCCCUGUUCGACCACAUCGCCCAGCAUCAGUUUGGAGAUGAUGUCAUUCUGGAUGACUUGCAGAUAUCAUGCUACCGCAUCAUGUGCAGUAUCUACUCUCUGGGCACUGUGAAGACUCCACAUGCAGAGAAACAGAGGCCAGCCCUGGGAGAGUGUCUAGCCCACCUGGCUGCAGCCAUGCCUGUGGCCUACCUGGAGCCUGCUCUCAACGAGUUCAACGCCUACUCUGUCUACACAACCAAGACCCCCCGGGAGAGAGCCAUUCUGGGCCUUCCUAACCAGGUGGAGGAGCUGUGUACAGACAUCCCAGAGCUGGAAGUUUUGAUGAAGGAGAUUGGGCACCUGGCAGAGUCUGGUGCCCGCUACACGGAGAUGCCCCACGUGAUCGAGAUCACCCUGCCCAUGUUGUGUAACUACCUGCCCCGCUGGUGGGAGAGGGGCCUGGAGAACUUCCCCGACCUGGAGGACCAGAUCUGCACCAACGUCACCUCUGAACAACUCAACCAGCUGCUGGGCAGCAUCAUGAAGAUCGUGGUCAACAACCUGGGCAUCGACGAGGCCUCCUGGAUGAAGAGGCUGGCAGUGUUCGCCCAGCCCAUCGUGAGCAGGGCCAUGCCCGAGAUGCUCAAGUCCCACUUCAUCCCCACCAUGGAGAAGCUGAAGAAGCGUGCGGGGAAGGUGGUGGCGGAGGAGGACCACCUGCGUCUGGAGGGCAAGACGGAGGUGGACAGCGAGGAGGGCACCAUCAGGGACGAGUUUGCAGUGCUCUGCAGGGACCUAUACGCCCUCUACCCCCUCCUCAUCCGCUAUGUGGACAACAACAGGGCACGAUGGCUGACCUGUCCUGACCCAGAUGCAGAGGAUCUCUUCAGGAUGGUCGGAGAGGUCUUCAUCUUCUGGUCCAAGUCACAUAACUUUAAGCGUGAGGAGCAGAACUUUGUGGUGAUGAACGAGAUCAACAACAUGUCCUUCCUCACUGCUGACAGUAAGAGCAAGAUGAGCAAGUCCGGAGAUGCAGAGGCUGGGGGCUCGGAUGUGGAGCGUACCAAGAAGAAGCGCAGGGGGGACCGUUACUCGGUGCAGACCUCCCUCAUCGUGGCGGCUUUGAAGAAGCUUCUGCCCAUCGGCCUGAACAUGUGCUCCCCCGCCGACCAGGAACUGAUCAACCUGGCUAAGAUCAGAUACUCUCUGAAAGACACGGAUGAGGAGGUGAGGGAGUUCCUGCAGAACAACCUUCACCUGCAGGGCAAGGUGGAGGACCCGUCCAUGCGCUGGCAGAUGGCCCUGUAUAAGGAGACAUGUGGGAGGGCCGAGGACGCAGAAGACCCAGUGAAGGUGGUGAAGAGGGUUCAGGAAGUGUCAGCUGUCCUUUACCACAUAGAGGUGACGGAGCGUCCGUAUAAGUCAAAGAAGAUGGUGUGGCACAAGCUGCUGUCCAAACAGCGUCGCAGAGCAGUGGUGGCCUGCUUCAGAAUGAGUCCACUCUACAAUAUCCCUAGGCAUAGGGGAUCCAACAUGUUCCUGAACGGAUACAAGCGUAACUGGCUGGAGAACGAGGGCUACUCCUUUGAGGACAGGAUGAUUGACGACCUCUCAAAAGCCAUGGAGCAGGAGGAGGAGGAAGAGGAGGAGACAGAGACGAAGCCAGACCCUCUCCACCAGCUCAUCCUUCAUUUCAGCCGCACGGCUCUCACAGAGAAGAGUAAACUGGAUGUUGACCACCUGUAUAUGUCAUAUGCUGACAUUAUGGCAAAGAGCUGCCACAUGGGUGAGGAGGACGAAGGGGGAGAGGAGGAGGGGGAGCCAGCCUUUGAGGUGCGACAGACAGAGAUGGAGAAGGAGAUGGAGAAACAGAGGCUGCUGUACCAGCAGUCCCGCCUGCACAACAGAGGAGCGGCAGAGAUGGUGCUGCAGAUGAUCAGUGCCUGCAAAGGUGAGACGGGAGUCAUGGUUUCUUCCACUCUCAAGCUGGGGAUCUCCAUCCUCAAUGGGGGCAACAGUGACGUACAGCAGAGGAUGCUGGACUACCUGAAGGACAAGAAGGAUGUGGGCUUCUUCCUGAGCAUGCAGGCUCUGAUGCAGACCUGCAGUGUUCUGGACCUGAACGCCUUUGAAAGACAGAACAAGGCUGAGGGACUUGGCAUGGUUUCUGAAGAGGGAUCAAAUAUGAAGCUAGAGCGUGAUGAGAAGGUGAUGGCGGAUGAUGAGUUCACCUGCGACCUGUUCCGCUUCCUCCAGCUGCUGUGUGAGGGCCACAACAACGACUUCCAGAACUACCUUCGCACCCAGACUGGCAGCACCACCACCAUCAACAUCAUCAUCUGCACUGUGGACUACUUGCUCCGGCUGCAGGAGUCAAUCAGUGACUUCUACUGGUACUACUCUGGGAAGGACAUCAUUGAUGCUCCAGGCAAGAGGAACUUCUCCAAGGCCAUGACGGUAGCCAAGCAGGUUUUCAACAGCUUGACUGAGUACAUCCAGGGUCCAUGCACAGGGAACCAGCAGUCCUUGGCCCACAGCAGGUUGUGGGAUGCAGUGGUUGGAUUCCUGCAUGUCUUUGCUCAUAUGAUGAUGAAGCUGGCUCAGGACUCGAGUCAGAUCGGGUUGUUGAAGGAGCUGCUGGAUCUCCAGAAGGACAUGGUGGUCAUGCUGUUGUCUCUCCUCGAGGGCAACAUUGUGAACGGCACCAUCGCCAGGCAGAUGGUGGACAUGCUGGUGGAGUCCUCCAGCAACGUGGAGAUGAUCCUCAAGUUCUUCGACAUGUUCCUCAAGCUGAAGGACAUUGUGGCGUCGGACGCCUUCCGCGACUACGUGACGGACCCCCGCGGGCUCAUCUCCAAGAAGGACUUCUCCAAGGCCAUGGACAGCCAGAAGCAGUACUCCCCCUCAGAGAUCCAGUUCCUGCUCUCCUGCUCCGAGGCCGACGAGAACGAGAUGAUCAACUUCGAGGAGUUCGCCGACCGCUUCCAGGAACCCGCCAAGGACAUCGGCUUCAACAUCGCCGUGCUGCUGACCAACCUGUCCGAGCACGUCCCCCACGACACGCGUCUGCAGAACUUCCUGGAACAGGCCGAGUGCGUGCUCAUCUACUUCCGCCCCUUCCUUGGCCGCAUCGAGAUCAUGGGCGCCAGCAGGAAGAUCGAACGCAUCUACUUUGAGAUCAGCGAGGCCAACCGGAACCAGUGGGAGAUGCCCCAGGUCCGUGAGUCCAAACGGCAGUUCAUCUUCGACGUGGUCAACGACGGGGCGGAGAGCGAGAAGAUGGAGCUCUUUGUGAACUUCUGCGAGGACACCAUCUUUGAGAUGAACAUCGCCUCACAGAUCUCCGAGCAGGAGGAAGGGACGGGGGAGGAGGAGGACGAGGAGGAGGGGGAGGAAGGCGGAGGGAGCGGCGGAGGGAACGGCGGAGACGGCGGCGAGGGCGACGACGCCAACGGCGAGGAGCCGCCCCCGGAAUCCAGCUCGGCGUUCGCCGACUUCCUGAAGAGCGUGGUGAACUUCUUCAACAUGUUCACCUUCCGGAACUUGCGUCGCCGUUACCGCAAGCUGAGGAAGAUGACGCUGAAGGACAUGGUGGUGGGCCUGGUCACCUUCGUCUACACCGUCCUGAUGGGCAUCAUGAUUUUCAUCUACAGCGUGUGCAAGGGCUUCUUCGUGCUCAUCUGGAACACGCUGUUCGGAGGGGGCCUGGUGGAGGGGGCCAAGAAGAUCACGGUGACGGAGCUCCUGGCCGACAUGCCGGACCCCACACAGGAUGAGGUUCACGGGGAUCUGCCACCCGAACCGGGGAUCCGAGAGAUCGAAGAGGCCGACGGAACCGCAGAUCACCUGGACUCGGGCGGAGGCGAGGAAGAGGAGGAGGACAGCGAGGAGAAGGAGGGAGGGCGAAUGCCCGGCUUCGACCAUCCCGGGGGGCUUGGAGACUUUGGGGAGACUUCCACGGUGGAGCCCCCGACCCCGGAGGGUACCCCCCUGCUGAAAAGGAAACUGCUGGAAGCUGCCGCUGGAGAAAGUGGCGCGGGAGAAGGAGAGGGUGUGGUAGAACCUGAACCAGAAGAGGAGGUGCCUCUAGAGCCUGAGAAAGCAGACACCGAGAACGGAGAGAAGGCAGACAAGGAGCCAGAAGCAGAGGUCAAAGAGGAGGAACCUGAGGUGAAGGAGAAGGUGAAGCCCAAGACCAAGAAAGACAAGAAAUCGGAAGAGGGCUUUGAGCUGUGGAACGAGCUGGAGAUCCAGAGGAUCAAAUUCAUGAACUACCUGUCUCGUAACUUCUACAACCUUCGCUUCCUGGCUCUGUUCAUCGCCUUCGCUCUCAACUUCAUCCUGCUCUUCUACAAGGUGUCUGACAGCCCAAGAGGUGAGGAGGACUAUGAGGGCUCCUCCAUGUUCGAGGGGUCGGGUCUGUUUGAAGGAGGGUCUGGGGGCGGAGACGAUGACGGGGGUUCUGGAAUGGAGGAAGAGGGCGAAGAGGAGGAGGAGGAGGGACCAGUCUACUUCUUCCUGGAGGAAAGAACAGGCUACAUGCAGCCCACCAUGUCCUUCCUGUCGAUCUUCCACACCGUCAUCGCCUUCCUCUGCAUCAUCGGCUACAACUGUCUCAAGGUGCCUCUCGUCAUCUUCAAGAGGGAGAAGGAGCUGGCGAGGAAGCUGGAGUUUGAUGGUCUGUACGUGACGGAGCAGCCCGAGGACGACGACAUCAAGGGCCAGUGGGACCGACUGGUCCUCAACACCCCGUCAUUCCCCAACAAUUACUGGGACAAGUUUGUUAAAAGAAAGGUGUUGGAAAAGUACGGCGAUAUCUACGGCAGAGAGAGGAUCGCUGAGCUGCUGGGUAUGGACCUGGCCUCGCUGGACGUCAGCGCCAUGACUCACGAGAAGAAGCACGAGCCAGACAGCUCCAUGUUCAGCUGGGUUACGUCCAUUGACAUCAAAUACCAGAUCUGGAAGUUUGGUGUUAUUUUCACAGACAAUACGUUCUUGUACCUGGUGUGGUACACGGUUAUGUCCGUCCUGGGACACUACAACAACUUCUUCUUUGCCGCCCACCUGCUGGACAUCGCCAUGGGCGUCAAAACCCUGCGCACCAUCCUGUCCUCUGUCACCCACAACGGCAAACAGUUGAUGAUGACUGUGGGCCUGCUGGCCGUGGUGGUCUACCUGUACACCGUGGUGGCCUUCAACUUCUUCCGGAAGUUCUACAACAUGAGCGAGGACGAGGACGAGCCGGACAUGAAGUGUGACGACAUGAUGACAUGUUACCUCUUCCACAUGUAUGUGGGCGUGCGCGCCGGCGGGGGGAUAGGAGACGAGAUCGAGGACCCGGCCGGGGACGAGUACGAGCUGUACCGCGUGGUCUUUGACAUCACAUUCUUCUUCUUCGUCAUCGUCAUCCUGCUGGCCAUCAUCCAGGGUUUGAUCAUUGAUGCCUUUGGAGAGCUGAGAGACCAACAGGAGCAGGUCAGAGAGAACAUGGAGACUCAGUGCUUCAUUUGUGGAAUCGGAAGCGACUAUUUUGAUUCAACUCCGCACGGCUUUGAGACACACACCUUGGAGGAGCAUAACUUAGCCAACUACAUGUUCUUCCUGAUGUAUCUUAUCAACAAAGAUGAAACGGAACACACCGGACAGGAGUCGUACGUGUGGAAGAUGUACUCGGAGCGAUGUUGGGACUUCUUCCCGGCUGGAGACUGUUUCAGGAAGCAGUAUGAGGAUCAGCUGAGCUAGUGUCCUGCUCUGAGCUGUGUGUGUGUGGGGGGGGGAGACAGCUGAGAGACAGAGAGAGAGGAGGAGGAGGAUUUAAGAAGGGUUUAUCUGUUGGGUGUAAACACACUUGGGCUGUAGGCCAAACAUUUCCCUCUGAUCUCUCCUCCUGUGACAGCGUACACACGUUAAGCACACACUAUUGUACUCUAGGAAACAGUAUUUGAAUUGAUUUGACCUUUGUGGGGAAACUGAUGAGAUAAUUGAGUUUUAGAGAGAGGAAGAAUCUUGAGGCAUUUUAAGGGUGUAAAUCCACUUCCUGGUCUUUUUCUGUGUGAAAACAUUGCUUCUUGACCAACAUCCUGAGGGAACCCAGGCAUGGACUUGACUCCAAGUGCACAAUCAGGCACACGCAUAACACUUGCAUAAAUCAGAAUAAGAGCGCACACACACACACAACGCUGCCUUUUUCUGUCUCUGUUGCUGCACAUGUUAUAGUGCUUCCCGAAAAGAAACACGCUUUGCUUCACGAAAAAGUUUUAUAUAGUGAUGGUUUAGCGUCACCACGCUUAUUAAAAUUAGUACUAGAAUGAAUACGGUUUAGCCUACUUACGCUAAUGCCUUUUUUGAGUUUUCUAUGUACUUACCUCUGUCAUGUUCAAAGUAAUAGUGCUUUCCUUUUUUUAGGCUUUUUAAGAAGUGCUUUAAAAUGUGGGUGGAUUCCACUCCAUGCAGUGCCUCUUCUGUCCCCUAGGGCGCAGUCACACACUCAAGGCCUCUCUCUCUCUCCUCUUCUCUCUCUGGCUCUCUGACCAUGUUCCAGUGAUGGAACUAUAAUUGGAACCUUACGUGCUCUUGCUUACACGACUUAAGGGACAGGUUCUAUGUCUUUCUACGAUCGGAUGUGGAUGAAAAUCGGAAGGUUGUGACAAACCAGUUUGCACUCUGAAGUCUUACAAUGCAUGCGGUCCUUGGUGAAGCUGUGCGUUUUGCGUUUCGGGCGUCAAAGUGACACACACAGAAGGAUGGCAGGAUUAUUUAUUGUUAUUGAUCCACUCCUCCUUCUGAAGAGAAUUCUUAUAGGUCCGUUUGUACUGAUACCUGAUGCACAGAUAUGUUUUUAUCCGUGUGUUGAUAUAAGUUAUGAAUGUAUUUAAUGUAUGCAGUGUGGCCAAUGCGUCAUCUGUACACCUCGAAAAGGACUAGGCUACAAUACUUGGAUGGCGGUUGAAGAAGUAAUGUAUUCUAACACCCUAUAUAUACUUCUUUGUUUCUUUAGAGCUUUGAAAUACUGAAACAGUCUAAGCUGCUUUGGUCAAAGUCAAUAUUGUAUGUGUAACCUUUAUUUAAUUUUUGGGGGAGAAAAUGAGAAUGGAAUGAACACAAAGACAAUGACCGGUUUGCAGUCAGAACGGUAAAGACUCGCUUUUGUGGUUUAUUUGUAUUUUCUUCGCAGAUUAGAUUUUUAUGAUAGUCGGUUUUAGGAACACUGCGCAUAUUGUUUAUUUUUAUCAGUCAAGCAAGUCAUGUGUGAUGUGUUGAUCUCAGUUCUGUAAGACGUUGCCAUGGUUCCUGUGACACUCCCUUACUCACACAUACAAACAGAAACACUCUUUCUCUCGGUUAGAGAGUUAGGUCAGUCUGACUCCUUGUGUUUCAGAGGGAUUUUAAGGCUGUAGUCUGGAGCUGAACAGAGAUCACCUAUUUACACCUGGCUGAGAGCCCGUGUGACUGAAUCCUGUGUUUCAAUACAGAAUAAACAGAUUAUUUUAAGAUGA